GGAAAAUGGUGGAGCACUCGGAGAUCCGCGUGGUUCGCUGUGGUGGGAGCAAAAUAAACUUCAGAGAACCUUUAAUCACGCUUGAUUCAAAGUUUUUGCUGUGCGCGUCGGGGGACUCGGUGAAAGUGUACAGCACAAGCACCGAAGAGUGCAUCCACAUCUUGCAGGGCCAUACAGAUCUCGUCACAGGCAUUGUGCUCAACCCUGCAAACCACCUUCAGGUGUAUUCAUGCUCACUAGAUGGCACUGUUAGACUGUGGGACUACACAGAUGGCAUCCUCAUCAAGACAUUAAGUAUUGGAUACAAAAUCACAGCCCUGUUCUUGUCAAAGAAACAUGAGGGGGUCCUCUUUGUCAUCAUCCCUAUGGCAAGUGACACCGACGCCGAGGCCUUCCAGCUGGUGGCUGUACAUUUACCCUCAUCGGCGGGCCAGGAAGUGGAGGCCAGAGAGCUGUCCUCUGUUCUGACCGAUGUCAGCGCCAUGCCCAGGGCCACCUCCUUUGGAAGAGGGGGAGAUUAUAUCGCCUCUGCAAAGGGUCUCCAGCUCUCAGUUUACUUCUUCAGAAAGCAGAAGACUUUCAGGUUUUUCCUGAAGGCCACUGAUAAGAAGGGGGCCAAGAACAGCUUCACCUGUGUCUGCUGCCACCCUAAAGAUGACUGCAUCGCUACAGGCCAUGAGGAUGGCAAAAUCCGCUUGUGGAGAAACUUUAACCAGAAGAAGGAGUACACCUACUCCACACAGCACUGGCAUCAUGAUGCUGUCUCUGCGCUGUCCUUCACACCUGAGGGUAUGAAUCUGCUGAGCGGAGGUAUCGAGUCGGUUCUGGUCCUCUGGCGCUACGGGGCGGAGACCAAGGAUCUCCUCCCACGCCUGGGCGCGGCCAUCGAACACAUCUCCGUGUCGCCCGAUGGGACGCUAUACUGCACAUCUCACAGUGACAACAAGAUUACCAUCAUCAACAGCAAUCUGAAGGUGUCUGCUGUCAUCCAAGGAUUGGUCAAAGGAGAAGACGUCAAGACCGAUUUAAUGAUCGACCCACGGACUAAAGCUUUAGUGCUGAAUGGGAAGCCAGGCCAUCUGCAGUUCUACUCCCUCCAUCAUGACAAGCAGUUAUACAAUCUGGACAUCGUUCAGCAGGAGUACAUCCACCAGUCUGGCCUGGAGCAGAGCGACGUGGUCAAAGCCGCCCUGCACGCCCACGGGGUCUGGCUGGCCACCAUCGAAGAACGGAGGGAGAAAGCGUUGGACCUCGAGACCAUCCUGAAGCUGUGGGCUUACAAUGAACAGACGCAAAGUUUCGAGCUGAACACGAACAUCUCCUCCCCACACGAUGACCGGGUCACGGCGAUGUGCUUCAGCCCCUCUGCAGACGGUACGCUGCUGGUGACCGCGGGCAAAGACGGCCACUUCAAAGCCUGGCAGCUGGCGGAAGACUGGGACAGUCACCGCGAGGGGCUGUCGUGGUCGUGUGACUUUGUGGGCAGUUACCACCACCUGAGGCCCACAAACUGCUGCUUCUCAGCGGACGGGUCCCUGCUUGCAGUCAGUUUCCAGGAGAUUAUCACGGUAUGGAGCCCUGACUCCUGGGAGCUGCUCCUUACUUUGUGCCAGCCUCCUGGGGACAUUAGGGACCUUUGUUUCGGGAGGCUGAGCUGUUCCAAGUACCUGCUUGGUACCACCUCCAAAAACCUGCUCUGCUGCUGGAACCUUCUCACGUGCUCAUUGGAGUGGAGUACCACCGUGGAUGUGACUGUGCUCCAGGACGAUCCACUGUCUGAAAACAUCGCAGCAUUCUCACACGCACAGGGGAACACUGACCUGUUUGUGUUCAAGCCCAGUGAGCCCCGCCCGCUGUAUUCCCAGAAGGCCGUGUGUUCAGGAAAAGUGCAUCGAGCCGUCUUCGCCCCGCGAGAGUCACCUCUGGAGAGCUGUGAGGCGGGCUCCCAGUGGCUGAACCGUUCCCAGCUGUAUUUCGUGACAGAGCACAUGGAUUUGAUGACAUUUAGCACCAAGUCUGAGGACGACAUGAUAAUAGCUUCAAGUAAACAGCUUGUGAUCGAUGACAGCGUUGCCGUGACACCGUUCUACCUGUUGCUGGGGAAACACCGGCAGCAGGAGAAGCCAAGCUCCCUAACCAAUCAGAUGGCAGCAAGAGUCCAGCUGCCACAAGGCUCAACUGCCAUCAGAGAGUUGCUGCACACCCCAGCCCAUGUCUUGCCCUCUGCCUCCCUUCUCUGUGCCAUGUUUGUAAGCUCCCUCCUCAUCUCAAAUUCUGCCAUCAGAGAGGUCAGCGAACCCAAAGAAGAGGAAAUGGAGAGUGAGGCAGAGGAAGACCAGGAUUCUGAGGAGGAAAUGGACUCUCGUGACUCUCGGCCUGUUCUCACCGCUCAGAGCUCUGUGGGAGAGCUGGCGCCGACCCUCUCCAAAGCCCAAGAAAGGGAACUGAGGAAAAUGCGCAAAACAGACUAUAGCUGGCUCAGCGGGGCUCUACACCCUUAACCAUGACAAUGCAAACAGCAUCUGUCCCCCCUCC